UCCAUAGGCUCCAUCAGUUCGCCUCACCACGUCGAGCAUCUGACCGGUUUGGCCGGUUUCUUGCCGGAGUCAGGCAGCUCCGAGUCCGGCCUUCCGGAAAGGGACGACUCGAGGGACUCGACCCGGCCGGUGCUGAGGUGUAGUGGUUCCGGCUGCCAGACUCAGCCGGUCCCACGACGUCCCAGCUCGUAUGAGCCGGAACCCCAGACGCCGGCCACUUGCGGCCCCGAGAGAGCCUUUUCAUCCUUUGACCCUCGCUUCGAGUCACACCAGCCUCCCGAGACCGCCCACAUCUCCGGCUUUGAGCAUGACCUUUGA